GCAGCGAUACCGAGCGGUUGGUGUCUCGCAAUAACGAACAAACAAAAAAUUAUAAAAAUUGUGUGCCUUCUAGUGAAUCUAGUGAAUGUGAAUGUGUGUGUGUAAAUUUGUAAACGCACACACGCAUCAGCACCGCCAGCCGUUUGUCUAACUUGGCCCUAAACAUAAACCAGAGUCCCCCGUCCAUCCAUUCCAAGCGUUUGUCAAUUGCGGGCAAUAAAAAUAAAAUCCCAAAGUGCCAUCCGAAGAAGAAAUACAAGAAAUCCAUCCACAGAGAGCAAAGCAAAACAGACAGAAAUAAAAACUCCGAAACGUGCUAAAAAUUUAUAAAUACCCAAAUACAAAAAAAAAAAGUGUCCGAGGGAAAGUCUGUAGUUCGCUCUUGAUGUUGUGCCACCCACAAGAUGACAUCGCAUUCCUACUAUAAAGAUCGCCUGGGCUUCGAUCCCAAUGAGCAGCAGCAUCAGCAGCAGCAGCAGCUUGCACAUCAGCAGAGCACCAACUCGAUGAAGCGGAGCAGCUCGCGGCAGACGUCGCACCAUCAGAGCUACCACCAUGCAACGAGCAGCAGCCAGUCUCCGGCCCGAAUCUCUGUGUCGCCCGGUGGUGGCAACAAUGGCAGCUUGGACUUCCAUCAGACGCAGCGGGAGCAGCGCGAUCGGGAGAUCUACAGCAGUAGCAGCAACAACAACAACAACAGUCAUCAUCAUCAUCAUCAACAUCAACAUCAUCACCGAUCCUCGGUGGGUAGUGCAGCAGCAGGAGGAGUAUCGGCAGCCUCUCCGUUGUACGAGGGAAGUCCGGCGGCACCGAAGAAGGCCAAGCACUCGUCGACGCAGUCACAGCCGCAGGGCGGAUAUGAGGAUGCCCUCACCCAGUUCAAAGGUAGCAUGUCCAUUUGGGAUCAUUUUAUUGAAGAUUGGGACAUAAUGCACGAGCGCGAUGCCAUUCAGAAGAAGACAUUCACAAAAUGGGUUAACAAACAUCUGAAAAAGCAUUGGAAGUAUGCCAAGACCUAUACCAUGCUACAUGUUUGUGUUACCACAAAUGGCAUACCCUGUUGUUCUCAGUCUGCAAAUCGUCGUGUGGUGGACUUGUUUGAAGAUCUGCGCGAUGGCCACAACUUACUUUCACUCCUGGAGGUGCUUUCUGGCGAACACCUGCCACGCGAGAAAGGUAAGAUGCGUUUCCAUAUGCUGCAGAAUGCACAAAUGGCACUGGAUUUUCUGCGCUACAAAAAGAUCAAGCUGGUCAACAUACGCGCCGAGGACAUUGUGGAUGGCAAUCCAAAGCUGACUCUGGGCCUGAUCUGGACAAUUAUACUGCACUUCCAGAUCUCCGAUAUUGUUGUGGGCAAGGAGGACAACGUAUCCGCACGUGAGGCUUUGCUGCGAUGGGCACGCCGCUCGACGGCUCGGUAUCCGGGCGUGCGUGUGAACGACUUCACAUCGUCGUGGCGGGAUGGAUUGGCCUUCUCGGCCCUGGUGCACCGCAACCGACCGGACUUGCUUGACUGGCGAAAGGCAAGGAACGAUCGGCCACGUGACCGCCUAGAGACGGCCUUCCACAUUGUGGAGAAGGAGUAUGGAGUGACGCGUCUAUUGGAUCCCGAGGAUGUGGACACCAAUGAGCCGGAUGAGAAGUCUCUGAUCACGUACAUCUCGUCGCUGUACGAUGUGUUCCCGGAGCCGCCCUCGAUCCAUCCACUGUUCGACAUGGAGUCACAACGUCGCGUGCAUGAGUACCGCGAUUUGGCCCAGCAAUUCAUCUACUGGUGCCGCGAGAAGACCGCCUACCUGCAGGAGCGCUCCUUCCCGCCCACGCUCAUCGAGAUGAAGCGUCUGCUGAGCGAUCUGCAGCGCUUCCGCAGCGAGGAGGUGAGCGCCCGCAAGCGGGAGAAGUCCAAGCUCAUUCAGAUCUACAAGGAGCUGGAGCGGUACUUCGAGACAGUGGGCGAGGUGGAUGUGGAGGCCGAACUACGACCGGAUGCCAUCGAGAAGGCCUGGUACCGCAUGAACACAGCCCUGCAGGAUCGUGAGGUGAUACUGCAGCAGGAGAUCGAGCGCUUGGAGCGGCUGCAGCGUCUCGCGGACAAGGUGCAGCGUGAGAUCAAGCAUGUGGACCAAAAGCUGACUGAUCUGGAGACUCGGAUCGUCGAAGAGGGUCGCCGCAUUGAGCGGCUGCAUCCCGUCGAUGCCAAGAGCAUUGUGGAAUCCCUCGAGACGGAGAUCCGGCAUCUGGAGGAGCCCAUACAGGACAUGAACCAGGACUGCCAUGUGCUCAACGAAGGCCGCUAUCCCCAUGUGAGCGAGCUGCACAAGAAGGUGAACAAACUGCACCAACGCUGGGCUCAACUGCGCACCAAUUUCCACACGAACCUCGUACAGAAGCUGUCAGGUUUGAAGUAUCCCGUCCAUGAGACGACCGUCACGCGUCAAACGCGCAUGGUCGUCGAGUCCCGUCAGAUCGACACGAAUCCCCAUUUCCGCGAUCUGCAGGAGCACAUUGAAUGGUGCCAGAACAAGCUGAAACAACUGCUUGCCGCUGACUAUGGCAGCGAUUUGCCAUCGGUCAAGGAGGAACUGGAUCGUCAGCAGCACGAGCACAAGAUCAUCGAUCAGUUCCACUCGAAAAUACUCAACGACGAGCGCCAGCAGACAAAGUUCACUGGUGACGAGCUCAAUCUCUACCAGCAGCGACUCAAUCAGCUGCAAAAGGUCUACGCAGAGCUGCUCAGCACCUCGACGAAGCGUCUGUCCGAUCUGGACUCGCUGCAGCAUUUCCUGGGCCAAGCCUCGGCGGAGCUACAGUGGCUCAAUGAGAAGGAACAGGUGGAGAUCACGCGCGACUGGGCGGACAAGCAACUCGAUCUGCCCUCCGUGCACAGAUACUAUGAGAACCUUAUGUCCGAGCUGGAGAAGCGUGAGAUGCACUUUGCCACCAUCUUGGACCGUGGAGAGGCUCUGCUCAAUCAGCAGCAUCCGGCCUCGAAGUGCGUCGAGGCACAUCUGACGGCCCUGCAACAGCAGUGGGCCUGGCUGCUGCAGCUGACCCUCUGCCUGGAGGUGCACCUGAAGCAUGCCACCGAGUACCAUCAGUUCUUUGGCGAGAUCAAGGACGCCGAACAGUGGCUGGCCAAGCGUGACGAGAUACUCAACAGCAAGUUCUCGCAGUCCGACUUUGGCCUGGAUCAGGGUGAGACGCUGCUGCGUGGCAUGCAGGAUCUGCGCGAGGAGCUGAAUGGCUUUGGCGAGACGGUGGCCACACUGCAGCGUCGCGCACAGACGAUUGUGCCGCUGAACAAGCGCCGCCAGCCGGUGAACCGUCAGGGACCCGUGCAGGCCAUCUGCGCGUACAAGCAGCAAGGACAGCUGCAGAUCGAAAAGGGCGAAACGGUGACCCUGCUGGACAACUCGGGACGUGUGAAGUGGCGCGUGAGGACGGCCAAGGGACAGGAGGGCUCUAUACCCGGUGCCUGUCUGCUUCUGCCACCGCCCGACCAGGAGGCCAUCGACGCUGCCGAGCGUCUGAAGCGUCUCUUCGACCGCUCCGUGGCCCUGUGGCAGAAGAAGCAUCUGCGUCUGCGCCAGAACAUGAUCUUUGCCACCAUUCGGGUGGUGAAGGGCUGGGACUUUGAUCAGUUCCUUGCCAUGGGCCCCGAGCAGCGCACGGCCAUCAGGCGCGCCCUGAACGACGAUGCAGACAAAUUGCUCAGCGAGGGCGAUCCCAAUGAUCCGCAGCUGCGACGCCUGCGCCGUGAAAUGGACGAGGUCAAUCGAUUGUUCGAUGAGUUCGAGAAGCGUGCUCGCGCCGAAGAGGAGAGCAAGCAGGCAAGCCGCAUCUUCACCGAGGAGUGCAUUGCCAUCAAGGGCAAGCUGGAGGAUAUGGCCCGGGAGCUGGAUCAGAUUAUACUGGCUCCACUGCCGCGGGAUCUGGACUCCCUGGAACAUGUGCUCGAGAUCCAUGGCGACUAUGAGCGCAGGUUGCAUUUGCUCGAGCCGGAGCUGAAGCAUCUACAGGAGACAUUCCGCACGAUUGCUUUGAAGACGCCCGUGCUGAAGAAGUCGCUGGACAAUCUGAACGAGCUGUGGAAGGAGCUGAACACGCAGAGCGGCCUGCACAAGGAUCGAUUGAAGCUGCUGGAGGCCUCGCUGGCCGGACUCGAGGACAACGAGCAUGUCAUUUCCGAGCUGGAGAACGAGCUGGCCAAGCACCAUGACCUGCCAUCGACGGCCGAGGGCCUGCAGCAGGUGUUCAAGCAACUGACGCACAUGCAGGACAUAAUUACCCAACAGCAGCCGCAGAUGGACAAGAUGAACGAUGCCGCCGAUCAGCUGGGACGCAUGGGUGUGCCCACCAAGGUGCUGGGCGAUCUCAAGCGUCUCCAUUCGAACGUGGAGCGCCUGAACACGCGCUGGAGUUCGGUCUGCAAUCAGCUGGGCGAGCGAAUGCGCUCAUGCGAGACGGCCAUUGGGCUGAUGAAGAAUCUCCAAUCGAGCGUGCAAGUUGAGGAAUCAUGGGUGGAUGGCACCACAGAGCGUCUCUCUGCCAUGCCCACGGCCACCUCGGCCUACGAGCUAGACAAACUGCUUGGAGCUGCAAUCGAACGAAAACCAAAAAUCGAAAGUGUCAACGUGGCUGGAGGACGACUGAUUCGCGAAGCUAAGAUCUACGACAGUAAAUGCCUACGCUUUGUGGAUUGGCUGCUGGAGGCACGUCCAUCGUUCUCGCCGCCACGUCGUGACCUGCGGCCGGCGGACAGCGAUCCGGGUGCCACACAGUAUUACAGCCAGCGUUUGGACAAUCUCAAUACGAAAUACGACAGAUUGCUGGAACAACUGUCGCAGCGGCUAAAAACCGCAAUCGAAGUCAAUGGCAGCGAUGGUCUGCAAUUCGCUGAGAGUCUACAGAAACCGCUCAAGACCUUUAGGGUUGACUUCAGUGCGGGCAGCGUGCCAACUGGCGAUGGCCAUGCUGCACGCCCGGAGGAUCUCUAUACGACUACCUACAGCACCACACAAUUCAGCUCAACGAAGACAACGAAAAGCUCCUCGAAGAGCAUCUACAGCAGCGACAACUUUGAUGCCGCUAGUCAGGAUUUGGGGGAUGCUGCUGCCCCUGUGCCCGCAAUCGGUACGCAGAUCCAGUUCAAUGAGAUCCGUACGCUAAAACGCGGUCAGCAGCUGGGCAGCGGCAACUCGGUGCUGGAUAUUGCCGGCAUACGCGAUCCGCGCACGGGCCGCAUCCUAACCAUUGGUGAGGCCAUUCAGCUGCGCAUCCUGGAUGUGCGCACCGGCGAGAUGUUGGUGGGCGAUCGUCGCAUCACCCUGGAACAGGCCGCCGAUCAGGGACUGAUUGAUGCCCAGCUGGCCAGGCAGCUGCUGCAGCCGGGAGCAGGACGCGAUCCCAGCGGAAGGGAGCUGUCGCUGCUCGAGGUGAUACAGCGCGAGAUCAGCGAGGCAGAGGCCGGCUACGAGACGGCUGAGAAGCGCAUCAAGGUAAACAGCGUAGUCACCACCGAGGCGGUGGGAGUGGUAUCGCCUGAGAAUCCCCGUAAUAUUGCCGACGCCAUUUCUGCGGGGAGUGUGGACACCAAGACGGGCCUGUACCGGGUCAAGUCGGGGCAUACCAUCAGCCUGGCGGAGGCCUACGAGCGCGGCUACCUCAUCCGGCACGAGUCGGUGACAAUCAAGUCGAAUGCGCUCUGCCUCAGCGAUGCCAUUGCCCACGGGCUGGUCGAUGCCGCCGGCUGGAUAGCGGACCGCAACUCCGGCGACAAGUUCCGGCUGGACUCGGCCAUUGCCAAUCAGCUGAUCGAUGCGAGCGUGCGCGAAGUGGUGGACGCGAAGCGCGACGUGAAAAUAACACUGCAGGAGGCCCUGCAGUCGGGCGUGCUAAACGCGAAGACGGGUCGGUACGUGAACGAGGUGACGAAGGAGAAGCUCACCUUCUCCGAGGCGCGCAGCCGGCAGCUGAUCGUGAAACCCUACACGCUGAAGGACAUCUGCGACCUGAACCUGCUCGACCGGCAGACCGGCCAGAUCACUAGUCCGAUGCGCCGCGAAAAGCUGAGCAUCAUGCAGGCCAUCGAGGCCGGUGUGCUCGACGGUAAUCAUCUGAAGUGCAUCACCAAACGAAAGGGUGAGCUCAUCACCCUGCAGAAGGCCAUAGCGGAUGGCAUUGUGCUGCCCGCGGAGGGCAAGUAUCGCGACUUUAUGACCGGCGAACUGAUCACCAUUCCCGAUGCCGUGGAACGCGGCCUGAUCAGCUCGGUGGCUCAGCGUUCGAUCUUUGAUAUUGACGGGUUCAAGGACCUGCGCAGCAACGACUAUGUUAGCUUUAAUGUGGCCCUCUCGCGCGAUUUGCUGCGGCGCAAGAGCACGGGCUUUGCCUUAGAGACAGCCGGUAGGGACAAAGACAAAGACAAGGACAAGGACAAGGACAGGGAUAGCCAGGGUGUGCCACUGGAGGUGGCCGUGGGCGAGGGUCUUGUCCGGCAGGAGGUGUACGAGAUGUUCAAUCGUGGCAUUGGCGUACACAAUGCCAGCGGGAAGGAGCUGAGCGUCUUCGAUUUGGUCUAUCACAAUCUGAUCGAUCCGAAGACGGGCUACCUGCUGGACCCAAAAGCGGGCGACGGGGUGGAGACAGUGCCUUUGGACACCGCCAUCGAGCGGAAGUUCAUUACCCCCGAGGGGGCUCUCCUGCUGAGCAGUCUGCUCAACAUAACCCUCACAACGGAGAUUGUGAAGCAGACAAUUAAUCGUUAUGUCACGAUCCGGGCAGGCUCCCAGGAGCCAGGCUCAAGCGCAGGCGUGGCCGUAGGCGACAGCGUGCUGCUCACCUUCACGGAGGCAGUGCGCCAGGGCUUCAUCGACGAGGACAGACAGCUGUUCAAGGACCCCAAGACGGGCAACAUUUACUCGGUGCAGCAGGCCCUCAACUAUGGCCUGCUGGUGCCCGACAGCAAUCAGACAGUGCCGGAGAUAACGAACCGCAAGAAGACCAAGUCCACCAUCACAAUUGUCACCAAACAGAUCCUGCCCGAGGCGGAGCCCAUCAGGCUGAACACCAAGCAAACGCACACCAAGUACGUGGAGAAAUCCGUGGAGAUACCCAUCUCCCAGGAGAUGGUGAGCAGCAGCAGCCACAUGCAUCAGGAGCAGAACGUAACGGAGCGACAGAUCAUGGAGCUGCCACCAGGUGGCUGGCGCCUGAAGGAUGCCAUCGAGCAGCGGCUGUUCAAUCCCGACUCUGGCGUGUUCCAUGUCCAGGGCACCGAUCGGUUGGUCAGCUUUGAGGAGUGCAUCGACAAGCAGAUCAUCAACAAUCUGUCGGUCUCUGUGCUGGAUCCGCGCAGCACCACACCCAGCGACAAGCUCUCUGUGAAGUCCGCAUUCGAGCGGAAGAUCCUGGACAGCUAUGGCAACUAUACGAACAGCCGCCAGCAGGUCCUGGGCAUGCGCAGUGCCAUCGACGAAGGCAAGAUCAUACUGGAGACGGUGCCUGCCACGCGGGGUUCAAGUCAAAAGACGAUCCUGCGCAUUACGAGGGUGAACAACAUGCCGGAUGUGCUGGAGGUAUCCACGCCUCUGAAGGAUGCCCCGCCCAAGUUUUUGGAGGUGAGAACCUGCCAGCGAGAGCUGGCCUCACCCGAGCCAUUGCAAAUUGCUCCCGGUGCCAUCUACGAUCCGUCCACAGCUCUGGUGAUCUUCACACAGAGCGGGGAGACGGAGAAUAUCUUUGAUGCGGCACGUCAGGGACUGAUCGAUGAGCAGCUGAUCAAGAUUAUCGACCCCACAACCGGGCAGGAGAUUUCCGUAACCGAAGCAAUUGCACGCUCCAUCUACGAUCCGCGUACAGCCACUAUACUGAAUGCGGAAGGUCAACCCGUGGAUUUGAUAACAGCCACCAGGCUGGGACUUCUCAGCGUGAUCGGUGCCCCACUGGUUGCCGCCGAGGGAGCCCUGCGCACCGUGCGCUUUGUCACAGAUCCGCGCACGGGCGAGCAGAUACCCGUGGAAGUGGCCUACGAGCGGGGAAUUGUCUCGCGGGAUCAGCGUUCCUUUGACAGCCAACCAUCGCCAGUGCACGAGGAGAAGGAGAAAGAGAAGGAGAAGGAGAAGGUUGUGGUGCUGCAGAAGAUGCGCAAGAUCAUCCUCAAGCCGAGGGAUGCCAUGCGAAAGGGCAUCAUUGACGAGGAGACCUGCCGUAUAAUCGAGGACACCAAGAACUUCACCAGCCCCCAAGGCGAGGUGGUCAACAUCAGCGAGGCCCUGACCACGGGUCUGAUCGAUGGCCGUCGUGGCCAGAUCAUCGAUCCGCAGAGCAAUCGAGAGCUGAAUCUCCGCCAGGCAGUGGAACAGAAGAUCAUCGACCCCGAGCAGACGAAUCACAUCCUCAUGCCGCUGGCCAAGAGCUUGUCCGUGCCCAGGCUCGCCUCGCAGGGUCUCAUUGAUCCGCAGAGCCAGACGAUUGUGCACCCGGAGAGCGGCUAUCCGCUGAGCUUACACGAGGCGAUCGUCUGCGAAGUGCUGGACCCACACUCGAGGCUGCAGAAGCCCGAGAAGUGCACGCUAGAGGAGGCCAUCGAGAAGGGCAUCAUCAAUGCGGAUGAGUCCACAUUUAGCUACAAAAACAAGAACCUAAACAUAACCGAAGCCAUUGAGGCAAAGCUCUUUGAUGCCAGCUACGAUCAGCAGAAGCCCAAGGUGGAAAUUCCGCCCGUGGGCAUGACAUUCCCCGUGGCAGUGGAACGGAGUCUGGUGGAGCCCACCAAGGGUGUGGUGCUGUUCCCUGUGGCCAAGCUGAAGCCAGUGCCCCUCAAGCAGGCCAUCGAGGAGAACUUCAUCAUGUCCAUACCCUACGCACCGAAGCCCCACGCCAUCGAAGUGGUGGCCGCCCUGGAGCGAGGCCUCAUCGAUGUGGCAGGCCACACGAUGACUGUGCCCGCCACUGGCGAGCGUCUGUCCCUGCGCCAGGCGCUGGAGAACGGUGAGCUCGUGGUGAAGCAUCUGUCCGACUUUGUGGUCACCCAGCGACCCAUCCCAAAGACCGAGAUCAUGGAGACAUUGCGUGCCGUGCACACGGUGACCACCAAAACCAUUGAACUGAUGCAGGGCUAUGUGCUCGUCUCCAACAACGAGGUGCAGAACGUAAACACCGGUGAGGUGUGCAGCCUGGAGGAGGCCAAGGAGCAGGGCAUCCUGCGUGAGGAAACCACAACGCGUGAGACAAAGGCAGCCGUGGGUGAGGAUCCCAGCGUCAGCGUCAGCGUCAGCGAUCAGCAAACGGUGGAGGUCGUGGAGGAGCGCACACAGACAGUUGUCGUCAGCUCGGACAGCCACAAGCAGGAGAUGCAGGUGGUCAGCACCACAAAGUCUACAAAAGGGGUGCCGGCACUCGCACAAGGCCAAUCCGAGGCGAAGGAACCAUCGAAAACCCUGCAGAAUGUCAAGGAUGCCGCCAAGCUCGGCGCUCUGGGUGUCAUUGCUGCCCCCGUUCUGGCGGGAGGUGCCAUCGUUAGCGGCGUCAAGAGUCUCAUCAAGUCUGUGAAGUCUCCCGCAGAAGAUGCCAACAAAUCCAGCAAGGAUAAGCCACAACAACCUCAAGUCAGCUUCAUUCAACAGGAGCGUCAGCAGCCCCAAUCAAUGCCAAGUGAUGUCGACAGACUCCUGAACGAAACGGAGACAUUUAUCAGUACCACAACUGCCAAUUUCAUAGCCAAUGAGCAGCAGCAGCAACUGCCAAGGGAGCAGCCUCAAGUGGAGGUUCCUUCAACCGAAUCCGCAGUGGAAACUACAAGCACAUUGACCACCACAACAGUCACAACAGUAACUACCUCAAAGACCGCCACGGAUACGCCCAGUGAACCAGUGGAGACUGUCCAGGAGGAGAAACCAGUGCCAGUCAAGAGAAAGGAAUUGGAAGAGCCAAAGGCAGAGGAGGUUAUCAAGGUAACUGAAACGAUCACAACAGUGACGACAAAGCAGGCUGACCCAGAACUAAACGAUGCAACUCCGGAGAAGUUGAAGGAGAAGCCACAGCCAGCGGUCGAGACAGCAGCUCCUAAGGCAACAACUACAGCGGCUACACUAAAAGAGACAGUUGCAGAGGUUGCACCAAAAGAAACAACUCCCGAGAAGCAACCAAUUCCAGAACCUACAAAGGAAGCUUCUCCACAGCCCUCCGAAAAGCCAGAGCCCAAACCAAGGGUCGCUGCAAGGGAAGAGGUGCCCGAAUUUGAGCCUCCUUUCACAGCUCCAUUGGCGCCCUUUGCCGAACCCUCCACUGACACAGAGACAAAGGUAACCGAAACCAUAACUGAAACUCAAGAGCUGCCCACAUCAAGCUCCCAAACUGUGACGACAACUGUAAGGACCACAGUAAGAACGAUUGAGCAGGAAGUGAUUGUGCAGCCAGAAGAGAUUGUGGAAGUGCAAGAGGUACAAGAGCCAGAGGAUAAAUCCAAGGAAGACUCUGCUCUGAUUGUCACUGAGAAACCUUCCACGACAGUGGUGGAAGAAAGGGUUGUCACGGUGGAGGAGCCAACGAUUACGGAAUCCACAGUCACUACCACAACAAUUACCACCACGAGCAGCACAACAACAGCAUCAACCAGCGAGGAACAGCAGGAGACAGAGCACCAGAAGGAACCAGAGCAGCAGGAAAACAUUGUGGUAACAGAAACUAUCACAGAAAAACCUGUGGAAGAGCUGGAGCAACCCAUUCGGACAACUGAAACAGUCACCACAGAGACAACAAUCAUUGUCGGUGAAGAGAAGAAGCCUCAAGAGCCAGGACAACUGGAGCAAAUAGUUCAGCCCCCGACGACUACGGAUAAGCAUCAGACAGUUGUCGAUUUCAUCGAGGGUGAGAAGACACCAGGCAAAGGCAGCAACAUUCUGCAGAAUGUCAAGGAUGCCGCCAAGCUGGGAGCCCUGGCCAUUGUGGCUGCACCUGUGCUGGCUGGAAAGGCAUUGGUCGAUGCACUCACAACAGAAUCCACACAAUCACAAUCAGGGUGGGAGCCACAGGAGAGUCAGACCCAGAGCAGCAGCACAACUACUACAGUGAGGACAGUGACAACCACUUCCACAUUAACAUCCUCGGAGAGUGCCUCGCCCUAUGAUGAAUCCCGCGAUGUUGUGGGUGAGCCAUCAGCUCCAUCAUCAUCAUCAUCAUCAGAUACAAGCCUCAAACGUGAUGUGCCCAAGACACUGGCCAUUGGGGAUGCCAUUUCCCAGAAACUAAUCAGUCCCGACGAGUGUCAGGUGAUUGUCGAUGGGGAGCAGCAAACGGAUACAGUGUCCACGCUGCUGCGAGAGGAGCAGCUGAGUCCGCUGGACGAGGUGCAGAUCAUUGAUGACAAGCUGAUUGUGCUGCAGCAGAUAUCGUACCUGGUGGACGUGGACACCGAACUGACGGAGCAAAAGCUGAGCGAACUGAACAUUUACGAUCCCAAGAAUCAGUACUUUAUCGAUCCCUCCACGGGCCAGAAGAUAUCCUUCCAGAGUCUGGUGUUUGACAUGAACAUCUUCAACCCCGAGUGCAUUUUGGUAAAGAACUUUAGCACGGGCAAGUACGAAACUUUGACGGCAGCUCUGGAGCGGCCGUUGCUGGACAGGCACACUGGCCACAUGGUCGAUCCGAAGACAGGGAAGAAGAUUCCCUUCUUUGAGUGCAUUGCCCGCCAGUGGAUUAUCCGCUCGAAUCCAGAGGAGCAGCGACCGGCGGGCAUCGAGACGGUGGCAAUUGACGAGGAGACGGGGCAGGUGGUGCUGGACGAUGGUCGGGCUUGCUCCAUUGUUGACGCCAUCAACAGUGGCAAGCUGGACAUCCAGUCGAUAUCGGUGCGCGACCCAGUCAGCGGCGAGGUAAUCCCCCUGCGUAUGGCAAUCGAGUUGGGGGUGGUCGACAUGCAGUCGGGCACCGUGAUAGACAUCCAAACGCUCAAGGAGAUACCCAUGGAGGAGGCCUUCCAGCUGGGCUUCCUUGUGCCCGGCGCACGCAAGCCCAUCUCCCUGGAGGCGGCCGUCCGCAAGGGUCUCUACGACCCGGAGACGGGCAAGCUCUUCGACUCGGAGAGUCAGAACCAGGUGGAUGUGCAAAAGUCCAUUGAAAUAGGUCUGGUCGAUCCAAAGAUCUCUCUGAUCGUGGACACAGUCACCCAGAAGGAGCUGAAGCUGGACUGUGCCAUUGAGGAUGACCUGGUGCUGCCGGCCACGGGCCAAAUCAAGGAUAACAAGAACAAUACCCUCGUGCCCUUCGACCUGGGCAUCGAACAGCGUCUGCUCAAGACGGACAGCGUGACGUGGAGCCUGCCGGAAGUGCUGCAGCGGGAAUACUACUUGCCCAGCACCGGCAAGGUGCUGAAUCCCGUCACUGGCGAGGAGAUACUCCUGCAGCAGGCCAUCGAGAUGGGCUUUGUGGAGCUGGAGACGACGCUGGUCAAGGAUGCCGAGCAUGACACAAUUGUGCCGGGCAGGGAGGCAGCCAGAGUGGGGCUGCUGGACACGGUGCGAGGCACCCUCAGCUCCCCACACAUGAGCCUCGAUGAAGCAUUCGUCAAGGGCUAUCUGAUUAGCACAAAGAAGCCACUGUCGUUGGUCGAUUGCCUGCUGCGUGGUCUGUACGAUCCUUUGACAGCCACCUUCAACAUCGACGAGGACGACAAGCAGCUGGACCUCAAGUCCGCCAUUGCCAAGAAGCUCAUCAAUCCCGAGGAGCUGGUGCUGCUCGAUCCGAAGACCGAGUCGAUUAUCUCGAUAACCGAAGCCAUUGCCAAGGGCUAUCUGGAUCCCAUUGGGGGCUAUGUGAUCAAUCCGUAUGCCUCCACCAAGCUGUCACUCCACGAAGCUCUCGAGAAUCGCAUCCUCAUUCCGGCCAAGCGCAAACGCAGCCUGCCCGAUGCCGUCUACCGGGGUCUAUACGACCCGAAGACUGGCCAAUUCAGCAACACCAUCACGAGGGAGAAGCUCACAACCGAAAGUGCCAUUCGUAGGGGUAUACUCGAUCCCGAUUCGACGGUCGUCCACCUGCAGUCCGGUCAAAUUAUUCCCUUUGGCGUGGCCGCCGAUCGGGGGAUCGUGGACAGCCAGCAGGGCACAGUGAAGGACGACGAGGACAAGGCCAUUGACUUCAAGGAGGCCUUCGAUAGGGGUGUCCUGCUGGAGACCAAGAAGCCACUGCGCCUCAUAGAGGCCGUCGUGAAGAAUGUCUACGAUGAGGUGGACGGACACUUUGUCGAUCCCAAGUCUGGCGAAAAACUGAACUUUGCCGAGGCCCUCGACACCAAUCUGCUGGACGAGCACAGCGUUCAGAUACGCGACUUCAAAACGGGCCUGUACAAGCAGCUGAACCUGACGCAUGCCAAGGAUGCGGGCAUUAUCGAUGCCCAGAACUCCAAGCUGCUGUACAACAAUCAGACCAUGACCCUCAAGCACGCCUUUGACAUUGGCAUUCUGAUGGACGUGAAUGCUCCCAUCAGCCUACAGCGGGCCAUCCAUCAGGGACUCUUUGACGACAAAACUGGCAAGCUGAGCGAUCCCCGCAGUGGUCGACAAAUCACGCUGCUCGAGGGUAUGCGCAGCUUCGUCAUCAAUCCCCAUCUGCCGUGCUACUUUGACGAACAGACAGAGCAGCUGUACAGCCUCAGCGAGACCUGCCGCAUGGGCAUCAUUAAUCGCAGGGAGGGAGUCUUUAGGGAACCGGACAGCAGUAGCUUUGUGUCUCUGGGAGAGGCCCUGAGUCUCGGACUGAUUGUGGACAUUGAGAAUGCCGGCUUUGGGCUGUACGAGCUGCUCUCCAUGGGCUUCUACGAUGUGGCCACGCGCAAGGUUCGGCAUCCGGUCACCGGCCGCAAACUGAACCUGAACGAGGCCUGCGUGGAGGAUGUCGUCAGCCUGUCGUCCAGCCUGGUCAAGCACCAUGCCACAGGCAAGUAUCUGCGGCUGGCCAAUGCCAUCAAGGAGCAGCUGAUUGACGAUUCGAGGGGUUGCUAUAAUCUGAGCAGCUCCGAACAGAUCGAUCUGCAGACAGCCCGGGCACGGGGACUCAUCGUUUCCAACCGUCGCCUGCUGAGCCUCGAACUGGUGCUCCGCCAGCAGCUGUAUCGCCCCGAAAAGGGAAAAUUCUGCGAUCCCACAACGGGCGAGUAUCUCGACCUCAUCGAGGCCAUUCAUGCCGGGUUCAUAGAUCCCACGACCACCGUGUUUAAGAACCAGCUCACCGGCAAAGAGCUUCCGCUAACAGAAGCCAUUGAAAACGGGGACAUUGACGUGUCCAAGGGCCGCGUAUUUGAUCCCAAAUCGAAGUCCGCAUACAACUACGAUGUGGCACUCUCGCGCGGUAUACUCGUGACCAUUGUACGUCCUCUAACCGAACGCAGCGAGGUUGUCCGUCGACAGGACAGCGUCGAACUGCUGAGCCAGACGCCCGUGAGCGUUGUGAUCAGCAAACCGCGCGAAAUGUCUCUCGAGGAGGCCAUUCGGUAUAAUAUAAUCGAUCCCAAGACGGCGCUUGUGCGCGACUUUGAUAGCUUUAAAUUCCUGCCGUACGCGCUGGCCCAGGAACGCGGUCUCGUCGACACCACCAAGCGCACACUCGUCGAUCCGAAGGCCCUUUACUUUGCCUUCGAUCCCACGCUGAUUGUUUAUGUGCGAGAGCCGGUCACCUUUGACCAGGCGGCCGAGUCCAAGAGCCUGGAUUUGGCAACCGGAAUGCUGAGCUAUUUGCCAGUCGGAGGAUCCACCGCCAGCAACGGCAGUGGCAGCAGUGAUGACAGCGCAAACGAUUCACUGACUGUCAUCGAGACGCCCAGGGUAUACACGCUCAAGGAGGCCGCCAGUGCGGGCAUUGUGGAUCCCGAUUCAGCCCUGGUCAAGGAUCUGGCCAAGGCGAAGUUAGUCCGUCUGCCAGAGGCCUUCCGCAAGGGCCUCAUGGACGCCAACAAGGCCAAUGUGCUGAACACACAGACCUCCAAGCUGUGCACCCUGCAGGAGGCCUACGAGAGCGGCCUGAUCUGCACGCCCAAGCGUUCCUUCGGCCUGCUCGAGGCCAUCACCUUCAGCCUGUACAAUCCCACGAACGGCUGCCUGGUCGAUCCCUUCCAAAUGCAUCCCGACAUCAUUCGACGCAAGAAAUUCACACUGGCCGAGGCCAUUGCCUCGGGCCUGGUGGAUCCCUCCUCGACAGUGGUGCGAGAUCCCAACUCUGGGGUCAUUCUGCCACUGGCGGCUGCCAUUGGCAGCGGCCUGAUCGAUGCCACCGCGGGCCGCCUCACCAUCAGCGAUGCCCAAGAGCCCAAGCAGAACAUCGAUCUGGUCAGGGCUGCCGAGAAGGGUCUGCUACUGCCAGCCGAACAGAGGCAAGCAGUAUUCGAGAAGUUCAACAUGUGCGAGGAGAAUGUCAACGAUCUGCUCAAAUGGGUCACCACCGUCGAACAGAAAAUCUCAAGUGUUGGAGGACCUCGCGAGAAAAUCGAUGAGCUACGCAACCAGAUCAAUGCCCUCAAGCAAAUCAAGGACGAGAUCGAGUCUCAGCAGCGACCGGUGGCCACUUGCUUGGAGCAAAUCCGACAGAUUGUGCUCACUGGCGGCGAUGUUCUGUCCGCCCCAGAGGUAACCACCCUGGAGAAUUCCGGACGGGAGUUGCGCUCGCGCGUCGAUCGUGUCAAUGAUCGCACAGUGCGUCUGCUGCGUCGCCUGGAAGCGGGACGGGAUGAGCUCACGAAGCUGCGCAGCGAACUGGAUGUGUUCUCCGACUGGCUGCAAAUGGCCAGGCGCACCCUCGAGGACAAGGAGCGAUCGCUGUCGGAUCUGACACGACUCGGAUCGCAGGCAGACUCCAUUCGGGAGUUUGUCAGCGAUGUGAUUGGCCAUCAGGCCGAUCUGCGCUUCAUCACCAUGGCCGCGCAGAAGUUUGUGGACGAGAGCAAGGAGUUCCUGGGCAUACUCAACGAUUUCCGCACUUCGCUGCCAGAGAGGCUGCCCCAUGUGGAGCCGCUGGCCAGUGCCGAGAGCCCCAUACGGCAGGAGGUGUCGCUGGUCUCUGCACAGUACAAGGAUCUGCUGAAUCGCGUGAAUGCACUGCAGGAUCGCGUCUCUGGCCUGGGCGGACGCCAGCGGGAGUAUCAGGAUGCGCUGGACAAGGCCAGCGAGUGGCUGAGGAGCGUGCAUCCGCGCGUCUCCCGGCUCAUUUCCGAGCCGAUUGCCGGCGACCCCAAGGCCGUCCAAGACCAAAUGAACGAGGCCAAGGCACUGCACAACGAGCUGCUCUCGAGCGGCCGCCUGGUGGACAACGCCCAGCAGGCGCUCGACAAUCUGUUGCGCAGCCUCGGCGGCCAGCUCAGCCCCAUGGAGAUCAAUCAGCUGGAGCUGCCCAUCGCCGACAUCAAGCAGAGCUACCAGCAGCUGCUGGACAACCUGGGCGAGCACUGCAAGAAUCUCGACAAGACGCUCGUGCAGUCGCAGGGCGUGCAAGACGCGCUCGACAGCCUCGGUGGCUGGGUGGGCCAGGCGGAGGACAAGUACAAGCUGAACCUGCGCCCCGCCUCGCUGAUCAAGGAGCGACUCCAGGAGCAGAUACGCGAGCACAAGGUGCUCCUAGCCGAUCUGCAAUCGCACCAGGCCAGCAUCGAUAGCGUCCAGAUCUCGGCCAAGCAUCUGCUGGCGAGCGCCUCGAAUGCGCGCAUCGCCAAGAAGGUGGAAGCCAAUCUGAACGACGUCACCGGGAAGUUUGAGAAGCUCUACGAAAAGGUGAACAAGCGUGGCGAGUUCCUGGACGAUGUCUACGGCCGCCUGAGCCGAUAUCUGGACGAGAUUAGCACCGUGGAGCAGCGCAUGGGCAGCCUGCAGGAGGCACUGGACAGUCGCGAGACCAGUCUGCUGUCCACCGAGGAGCUGGCCCGUCGCAUGCACGAGCUGUCGCGCGACAAGGAUCAGCUGGCGCCACAAUUCGAGGAUUGUGUGCGCCAGGGCAAGGAUCUGAUUGGUCUGCGCGAUGUCACCGACACCGGGGCCCUGCGGGAUCGCAUCAAGGCACUGGAAUCGCAGUGGCGCAACAUCAACAUCAGCAUCGAUGAGCGGGCGAAGCUGUCGAAGCAGAAGGCCGAGCAGCAGCUCGCCUACGAGGGACUCAAGGACCAAGUGCUCGCCUGGCUGGCCAGCACUGAGGCGCGCGUCAACGGCCUGCCGCCGGUGGCCAUCGAUCUGGACCGCAUUCGGCAGCAGCACGACGAGCUGAAGCCCAUCUGCAAGGACUAUCGCGACUACGCGCCCACCAUUGACAAGAUCAACGAUGUGGGAGCGCAGUACGAUGCCUUGAUACGGCCCGAGAGCCCCGCCAGGAAACGCUCCACGUACAGCCCGAUCAAGCGGACGAGCCCGCUGCGACGCAUGUCCGGAGCGGAUCAGAACGCUAGGAGCCCCAGCCCCACCAAGGGAGGCAUUCUGUCGCCACUAUCGACUGGUUCCAGUGGAUUCGGUAGCCGCAGAUCCUCUCAGGAUGGCUUCCAGCUGUCGGAGCUGUCGCCCGUGCAGCAGCAGCUGAGCGAGAUCAACAAUCGCUACGGGCUGAUUGGCGUGCGACUGAACGAUCGCCAGCACGAGCUGGACAACCUGAGCGAGGAGCUGCGCAAGCAGUACGAGAACCUCAAGGGGCUGGCCCAGUUCCUCGAGCGCAUUCAGCGCCAGGUGCCCAAGGAGUCGGUGUCCAACAAGGAGGAGGCCGAGCGCUGCAUCAAGCAGGCGCGCAAGAUCCUCGAGGACAUGUACGAGAAGCAGAGCCUGCUGGACACCACCAAGGCCCAGAUCAAGGACAUCCUGCGUCGCAAGUCGGAUGUGCCCGGCGCCGAGCAGCUGCGCCUCGAAAACGACGGCAUCCAGGAGAAGUGGAAGAAUCUCAACGACAUCUGCAAGAACCGCAUCGCCUUCGCGGAGAAGCUGCGCGACUUCCUCGACACCCACGGCAACCUCAAGGGCUGGCUGGACAGCAAGGAGCGCAUGCUGACGGUCCUGGGACCCAUCUCCUCGGACCCCCGCAUGGUCCAGAGCCAGGUGCAGCAGGUGCAAGUGCUCCGCGAGGAGUUCCGCACCCAGCAGCCGCAGCUGAAGCACUUGCAGGAUCUUGGACACGAUGUGGUCGAUCAUUUGGCCGGCACACCCGAUGCCCAGGCCGUCGAGAUCAAGCUCAAGGACAUCAUUGGCAAGUGGGAGGAUCUGGUGGGCAAGCUCGAUGAUCGCGCCAACAGUCUGGGCGGCGCCGCUGACAGUUCCAAGGAGUUCGAUGCGGCCGUCAAUCGGCUGCGCGAGGCUCUGCAGAACAUCAGCGACAGCCUGGACACGCUACCCUUGGAUGGGGAUCACCAGGAGAAUCUGCGCAAGAUCGAGAACCUGGAGCGACAACUGGAGGGCCAACGCCCGCUCCUGGCCGACGUGGAACAGUCCGCGGCCACGCUCUGCAAUAUUCUCGGGGAUCCUGCCUCGCGGGCCGAUGUCAAUGGCCGCGUGGCCGCCCUGGAGAAGCAGUACUCGGCGCUGCAGAAGAAGCUGGACACCAAGAAGGCCGAGACAGAGGCCUCCCUGCGGGAUGGCCGCCACUUUGCCGAGAACUGCUCCAAGACACUGGGCUGGCUGUCGGGCGAACUCUCGAACCUGAGCGAUCGCCUGCUGGUCUCGGCCCACAAGCCGACGCUGCAGCACCAGAUCGACACCCACGAGCCCAUCUACCGUGAGGUGAUGGCCCGCGAGCAUGAGGUUAUUAUGCUCAUCAACAAGGGCAAGGAUCUGUCCGAUCGCCAGCAGGAUCGCGGAGUCAAGCGCGACCUGGAGCGCAUCCAACAGCAGUGGGAGAAGCUGCGCCGCGAGGCCGUCGAUCGGCACACGCGCCUGCAGACAUGCAUGGAGCACUGCAAGAAGUACUCGCAGACCUCCGAGACGUUCCUCGCCUGGCUGCGCACCGCAGAGGACAAGCUGUCAGACCUGACGCCCGGCGUGCUGUCCAAGGCGAAGCUGGAGACGCGACUGCGCGACUUGCAGACCUUCCGCAGCGAGGUGUGGAAGCACUCUGGUGAGUUUGAGAACACCAAGGGUCUGGGCGACACCUUCCUCAGCAGCUGUGACAUCGACAAGGAGCCCAUCAAGGCCGAGCUGCAGGACAUACGCGAUCGCUGGGAGCGCCUGAACAACGACCUAAUUGCGCGUGCCCACGAGAUUGAGAACUGCUCGCGUCGCCUGGGUGACUUCAACGAUGAGCUGCGCAAUCUGGAUCAUUCGCUGGGCCGCUGCGAGGAUCGCCUCGCUGCCCACGAUGCUUUGGGUGGAGCUGCCAAGGAUCCCAAGCUGCUGGAGCGUGUCAAGGCCAUACGCGAGGAGCUGACAAACCUGAGCAAGCCCUUGCAGUCGCUCAAGGCUCUGGCCAAGGACAUAAGCGCCGAGGCUAGAGCUGCCGGCGGCGAUGCCGAUCAUCUGACCAACGAAGUGGACGGUCUGGCCGAUCGCCUCUCGGAGCUGCAGGGACGCCUGGACGAUCGUUGCGGUGAGCUGCAAUCGGCUGCCACCGCCGUGUCCCAGUUCAACGAGCAAAUGAAGAGCCUGGGCAUCGACCUGAACGACCUGGAGACGGAGAUCGAGAAGCUGUCGCCGCCCGCACGCGAGAUCAAGAUUGUGCAGCAGCAGCUGGACGAUGUUGGCAAGCUUCAGAACAGACUGGACCGUCUGGUGGGUCGCCUCGAAGAUGCCGAACGUGCCGCCGAUGUCCUGGUGGACGCUGGCUUUGCCGCAGACACCACGCAGACGCGCGAACAAAUCUCCACGCUGCGCAAGACGCUCGUCCGCCUGGACAAUCGAGUGAAGGAUCACGAGGACAAUCUGCAGGCUACGCUGAAGGCCCUGCGCGAGUUCUACGACAAUCAGUCGCGGACCCUCGACGACAUUCAGGACGUGAGCGAGGAGUUCAAGCGCAUGAAGCCGGUGGGCUCCGAGCUGGAUCAGAUACGUCGCCAGCAGGAGGACUUCCGCCAGUUCAGGGAGCGCAAGGUGGAGCCGCUGGCCCUCAAUGUGGACAAGGUGAAUGUGGCUGGACGGGAUCUGGUGCGCUCUGCCGGCACCGGAGUCUCGACCAGCACGAUCGAGAAGGAUCUGGAGAAGCUGAACGAUCGCUGGAAUGACCUGAAGGAGCGCAUGAACGAGCGCGAUCGUCGCCUGGACGUGGCCCUGCUGCAGUCUGGCAAAUUCCAGGAGGCCCUCGCCGGCCUCUCCAAGUGGCUGAGCGACACCGAGGAGAUGGUGGCCAACCAGAAGCCGCCCAGCUGCGACUACAAGGUGGUCAAGGCCCAGUUGCAGGAGCAAAAGUUCCUCAAAAAGAUGCUCCUCGAUCGCCAGAACUCCAUGGGCUCCCUGGCCAAUCUCGGCCAGGAGGUGGCCAAUCACUGCGAGCCCUCCGAGCGUGCGUCCAUCGAGAAGCAGCUGAACGAUCUGAUGAAGCGCUUCGAUGCCCUCACCGACGGUGCCGAGCAGCGCGAACAGGACUUGGAGGAGGCCAUGGAGGUGGCCAAGCGUUUCCACGACAAGAUCAGUCCCCUCGAAGUGUGGCUGGACGGCACAGAGCGCGCCGUAAAGUCCAUGGAGCUGAUACCCACAGACGAGGAGAAGAUACAGCAGAGGAUACGCGAGCACGACCGCCUGCACGACGAGAUUCUCGGCAAGAAGCCCGACUUUACCGAUCUGGCCGAUGUGGCCGCCCAGCUGAUGCAUCUCGUCAGCGACGAGGAGGCUGUCAAUCUCGGCGAGAAGGUGCGCGGCGUCACCGAGCGCUACACCGGCUUGGUUGAUGCCAGCGACAACAUUGGCGCCCUGCUCGCCGAGUCCCGCCAGGGACUGCGUCACUUGGUGCUCAGCUACCAGGAUUUGGUGGCAUGGAUGGAGAGCAUGGAGAACGAGCUGAAGCGCUUCAAGUCCGUGCCCGUGUACGCCGAGAAGCUGCUCGAGCAGAUGGACCAUCUGCUGGAGCUCAACGAGAACAUUGCCGGCCACGCGUCGAAUGUCGAAGCCACCGUGGAGUCCGGCGCCGAGCUGAUGAAGCACAUCUCCAACGACGAGGCCAUCCAACUGAAGGACAAGCUGGACUCGCUGCAGCGUCGCUACGGAGAUCUGACCAAUCGCGGUGGGGAUCUGCUAAAGAGCGCACAGAAUGCGCUGCCACUGGUGCAGCAGUUCCACGAGGCGCACACGCGACUCGUCGAGUGGAUGCAGACAGCCGAGACGGCGCUGGCACCCAGCGAGCCCCGUCAGGCGGAUGUCCUGCGAUUGGAGGGUGAGCUGGCCGAAAUGCGGCCCAUUUUGGACACCAUCAAUCAGGUGGGUCCGCAGCUGGGACAACUGUCGCCCGGCGAGGGAGCGGCCACCAUCGAGAGCAUUGUGACGCGCGACAACCGGCGCUUCGACUCGAUCGUGGAGCAGAUCCAACGCAAGGCCGAGCGGCUGCAUUUGAGCAACCAGCGGGCCAAGGAGGUCACCGGCGACAUUGAUGAGCUGCUGGAAUGGUUCCGCGAGAUGGACACCACGCUGCGCGAGGCCGAUCAUCCGGCCAUGGAGCCGAAACUGGUGCGUGCCCAGCUGCAGGAGCACCGCUCGAUCAACGACGACAUCUCCAGUCAGAAGGGACGCGUGCGCGAUGUGACCGCCGCCUCCAAGAAGGUGUUGCGGGAGUCGCCGCAGAGCGAGAACACGGCCACGCUGCGCGAGAAGCUGGAUGACCUCAAGGAGAUCGUCGACACGGUCGCCCAGCUGUGCAGCGAGCGUCUGGGCAUCCUUGAGCAGGCCCUGCCCCUGUCGGAGCACUUUGCGGACUCGCACCAGGGCCUCACCGCCUGGCUGGACGACAUGGAGCAGCAAAUCUCACGCCUGAGCAUGCCCGCCCUGCGUCCCGACCAGAUCACGCUGCAGCAGGACAAGAACGAGCGCCUGCUGCAGUCGAUUGCGGAGCACAAGCCACUCCUGGACAAGCUGAACAAGACAGGGGAGGCAUUGGGGGCACUGGUGGCCGACGAGGACGGUUCAAAGAUCAACGAGAUUCUCGACACGGACAACGCCCGGUAUGCCGCCCUCCGGCUGGAGCUGCGCGAGCGACAGCAGGCGCUGGAGAGUGCCCUGCAGGAGUCCAGUCAGUUCUCCGACAAGCUGGAGGGCAUGCUGCGGGCCCUGGCCAAUACAGUGGAUCAGGUGAACCAAUUGGAUCCGCUGUCCGCCCUGCCGCAGAAGAUUCGCGAGCAGAUCGAGGACAACGACGCUUUGAUGGAUGACCUGGACAAGCGGCAGGAUGCCUUCAGUGCCGUGCAGCGGGCGGCCAAUGAUGUCAUUGCCAAGGCGGGCAACAAGGCCGAUCCGGCUGUGCGCGACAUCAAGGCGAAGCUGGAGAAGCUCAACAAUCUGUGGAACGAUGUGCAGAAGGCAACCAAGAAGCGCGGCAGCUCGCUGGACGAUAUCCUGAGCGUGGCCGAGCCCUUCUGGAAGCAGCUGAACAGCGUGAUGAAGACCCUCAAGGAUCUGGAGGAGACGCUCUCCUGCCAGGAACCGCCAGCAGCCCAGCCACAGGACAUCAAGAAGCAGCAGGUGGCCCUGCAAGAGAUCCGCCAUGAGAUCGACCAGACCAAGCCAGAGGUCGAGCAGGUGCGCCGUCAUGGCAGCAACCUGAUGAACAUGUGCGGCGAACCCGACAAGCCAGAGGUGAAGAAGCACAUCGAGGACCUGGACAAUGCCUGGGACAACAUCACGGCGCUGUAUGCCAAGCGCGAGGAGAACCUCAUCGAUGCCAUGGAGAAGGCCAUGGAGUUCCACGAGACACUCCAGAACCUGCUCAAGUUCCUCACCAAGGCCGAGGACAAGUUUGGCCAUCUGGGACCCGUGGGCUCCGACAUUGAUGCCGUCAAGCGACAGAUUGAGCAACUCAAGUCGUUCAAGGAUGAAGUCGAUCCGCAUAUGGUCGAAGUAGAAGCAUUAAACAGAGGUCUAGAAAGGCAAGAAAUCUCAACAAAAAUCUCACAAGCUGUGGAACUGACGGAACGCACUUCACCCGAGCAAGCGGCAUCCAUACGGGAGCCCCUGUUGGUGGUCAAUCGUCGCUGGGAGGCUCUGCUGCGCGGCAUGGUCGACAGGCAGAAGCAGCUGGAGCACGCACUGCUCCACUUGGGUCAAUUCCAGCACGCGCUCAACGAGCUGCUGGUCUGGAUCGACAGGACAGACGGCACUUUGGAUCAGUUGAAGCCGAUACCCGGAGACCCACAACUGCUCGAGGUUGAGCUGGCCAAGCUAAAGGUGCUGGCCAACGAUAUACAGGCGCACCAGAAUUCGGUGGACACGCUGAACGAUGCUGGCAGGCAGCUGAUUGAGACGGAGAAGGGUUCCGUGGAGGCGUCGACUACGCAGGAGAAGCUUCGCAAGCUGAACAACGAAUGGAAGCAGCUGCUGCAGAAGGCCAGCGACCGACAGCACGAGCUGGAGGAGGCGCUGCGCGAGGCUCAUGGCUAUAUAUCCGAGGUCCAAGACAUCCUCGGAUGGCUGGGCGAUGUGGACGCCGUGAUUGGAGCCAGCAAGCCAGUGGGUGGCCUCCCAGAGACCGCCACCGAGCAGCUGGAGCGCUUCAUGGAGGUGUACAACGAGUUGGACGAGAACAGGCCCAAGGUGGAGACGAUCCAGGCCCAGGGCCAGGAGUACAUCAAGCGCCAGAACCAGAUGAAGGUCUCCUCCAGCAAUCUGCAGCACACGCUGCGCACGCUGAAGCAGCGCUGGGACGCCGUCGUCUCGAGGGCAUCCGACAAGAAGAUCAAGCUGGAGAUUGCCCUCAAGGAGGCCACAGAGUUCCACGACACGCUGCAGGCGUUCGUCGAGUGGCUGACGCAGGCCGAGAAGCAGCUAUCGAAUGCUGAUGCUGUUUCGCGGGUUCUGGAAACGAUCCAAGCCCAGAUGGAGGAGCACAAGGUGCUGCAGAAGGACGUGAGCACACAUCGCGAGGCCAUGCUGCUGCUGGACAAGAAGGGCACACAUCUCAAGUACUUCAGCCAGAAGCAGGAUGUGAUCCUCAUCAAGAACCUGCUCGUCUCCGUGCAGCAUCGGUGGGAGCGCGUUGUCAGCAAGGCGGCGGAGCGCACCAGAGCUCUGGAUCAUGGCUACAAGGAGGCGCGUGAGUUCAACGAUGCCUGGAGCGGCAUGAUGCAGUAUCUGCAGGAGACCGAGCAGGUCCUAGACCAGAUCAUCGAGGAGGCCACCGCCUCCAAGGAGCCGCAAAAGAUCAAGAAGUACAUUGCCAAGCUGAAGGAGACCCAUCGCCAGCUGGCCGCCAAGCAGACAGUCUAUGACGGCACCAUGCGCACCGGCAAGAACCUCAUGGAGCGGGCGCCCAAGGGCGACAGGCCCGUGCUGGACAAGAUGCUGCUGGAGCUGAAGGAGCAGUGGACCCGUGUCUGGUCGAAGAGCAUCGAACGCCAGCGCAAGCUGGAGGAGGCCCUGCUGUUGUCGGGCCAGUUCAGCGAUGCUUUGGGCGAACUCUUCGAAUGGCUGAAGAAGGCCAAGAGCCGCCUGAACGAGAACGGACCCGUCCACGGCGACCUGGAGACGGUGCAGGGCCUGUGCGAGCACCACAAGCACAUUGAGCAGGAUCUGCAGAAGCGGGCCGCUCAGAUGCAGGGCGUGCUGAAGACCGGACGCGAUCUGGAGCGAUCGGGCAACAACCCCGAGGUGGGACGGCAGCUGGAUGAGCUGCAGGCCAUUUGGGAGGAGGUCAAGAGCGCCGUCGGUAAACGCGGCGAGCGCCUCCAAGUGGCCCUGGUCGAUGCUGAGAAGCUAAAUGCCCGUGUCCAGGCUCUGUUCGACUGGCUGGAUCAUGCCGAGCACAAGCUGCGCUACGCCAAGAACGCCCCAGACGAUGAGAAGGUGUCGCGCGAGAUGAUGGACAUUCACGUGGAGUUCAUGAAGGACCUGCGCGUGCGCGAACGCGAGAAGACGGAGACGUUCGAGUAUGCCGAGGACAUCAUUGGCAAGGCCUAUCCGGACGCCAUUCCCAUCAUCAAGAACUGGCUGUCGAUCAUUCAGCAGCGCUGGGAGGAGGUCCGCCAAUGGGCCAUCAACCGCGAAUCGAAGCUGGGGCUGCACCUGCAGUCGCUCAAGGAUCUGGACGAUAACAUUGAGGAGCUGCUGGCAUGGCUGACCGGGCUCGAGGGCACUCUGUUGAACCUGAAGCACGAACAGCUGCCGGAUGAAAUUCCACCCGUGGAGAAGCUCAUCGAGGACCAUAAGGAGUUCAUGGAGAACACGGCUCGCCGCCAGACCGAGGUGGAUCGCGCCUGCAAGCCGCGCCAGCUGCCACCCGGUGCUCGGAAACCAUCCCGCAGCGGCAAGACGCCAGUUCGUGGCUCCAGUCACGAUCUGCGUGAACAGUCGCCCGAUGGCAUGAGGCGUCAAAGCUUCAAGGGCUCUCGCGACCAGGGACUCAAUGCCCGCAAGGGAAGUCGUGUCACGCCCACACGUGACACGCCCGACAGAGACCGUCUGCCGCACUACGGCCCCAGAUUCUCACCAAGCUCAACUGGACCCGAACUUGAAUUCCGUUCGCCACGCGCCAAGCUUCUUUGGACCAAGUGGCGCGAUGUCUGGAUGCUCUCAUGGGAGCGCCAGCGUCUGCUCAACGAUCAUCUGCUGUAUCUGAAGGAUGUGGAGCGUGCACGUAACUUUAGCUGGGACGAUUGGCGCAAGCGCUUCCUCAAGUACAUGAAUCACAAGAAGUCGCGCCUGACGGAUCUGUUCCGCAAAAUGGACAAGGACAACAAUGGCAUGAUACCACGCGAUGUCUUCAUCGACGGAAUACUCAACACGAAAUUCGACACAUCUGGUUUGGAAAUGAAGGCCGUGGCCGAUCUGUUCGAUCGCAAUGGCGAGGGCCUCAUUGACUGGCAGGAGUUCAUUGCCGCCCUGAGGCCCGACUGGCAGGAACGCAAGCCUGCCAACGACUCGGACAAGAUACACGACGAAGUCAAGCGCCUGGUCAUGCUCUGCACGUGCCGACAGAAGUUCCGUGUGUUCCAAGUGGGCGAGGGCAAGUACAGAUUUGGAGAUUCACAGAAACUGCGCCUGGUUCGCAUCCUGCGCAGCACUGUUAUGGUGCGCGUGGGUGGCGGCUGGGUGGCCCUGGAUGAAUUCCUGACGAAGAACGAUCCCUGUCGCGCCAAGGGACGCACUAACAUUGAGCUGCGCGAACAAUUCAUAUUGGCCGAUGGCGUCUCGCAGAGCAUGGCCGCAUUCACGCCCAGACGUUCCACGCCCAAUGCAGCCGCCACUGCCACCUCCUCACCCAAUGCCCAAAAUGGCGGCAGCUCCAACUUGCCGCCAUAUAUGAGUGGACAGGGUCCCAUCAUCAAGGUUCGCGAGCGAUCCGUUCGUUCCAUUCCCAUGUCGCGGCCAUCGCGCUCGUCCCUCUCGGCCAGCACACCCGACUCUCUGAGCGACAACGAGGGCAGCCACGGCGGACCCUCGGGCCGGUACACACCGCGCAAGGUCACCUACACGAGCACACGCACAGGCCUCACGCCAGGAGGCUCUCGUGCCGGCUCCAAGCCCAACUCACGCCCGCUCAGCAGACAAGGAUCGAAGCCACCAUCACGACAUGGCUCCACGCUGUCGCUGGAUAGCACGGACGAUCACACGCCCUCACGCAUUCCGCAACGUAAACCAUCAACGGCAAGCACCGCCAGCGGCACUACGCCUCGGCCAGCGCGACUCUCAGUGACGACCACAACGCCAGGCAGUCGCCUGAAUGGCUCCAGCACCAUCACCCGUAAAACCGCCUCCGGCUCGGCCAGUCCAGCACCCACAAGCAACGGAGGCAUGAGUAGAUCAUCCAGUAUACCAGCACUAACAGGCUUCGGCUUCAAAGCAAUUAGCCGCCCAUCACGGAUACCGAUUAAGAUACCCUCAUUCGAUUCCAAGUCAACAUCGCCCACCAACUCGACUACGAAUCCAACCAGCUUGGGGCGGAACAUCAGCGGAAGCUCGACCCCGUCGGGUAUGCAGACACCGCGCAAGAGUUCGGCGGAGCCGACAUUCAGCUCGACCAUGCAUCGCACAGCACGAGGCACCACACCAACGGAGAAGCGCGAACCUUUCCGGCUCUAGGAUGGCUAAAUGAGUAGAAAUAUGGAGACGAAGAAUGCCAAUAUUUAAACCCUACACACAACAAACAAACUUAUGUACUAACUACGCACUGAUGUUCUAAACUAAACUAAACCCCGCUCCCCAAUGAUCGUGAGAGAGACUACAUUAGCAAUGAAUGUAGCAGGAACACACACAGCACAGAGUUCUGUGGAGACUUACUUUCAAGUGCCCGUUUAUACCACUUACGAGUAUAGUAUAUAUUUUGUAAAAGACACAUACGUACAUAUGUAUGUAUGUAGAGGAUAUGUGGAAGAUGCAGACAUACAUAUAGCUAGCACACAAAGUUGAUCGGAGAAGCAAGCAACCUACUUACGAGUACUACUAAUACAAAUACUACACUACCUUUUGCUACUACUAAUUUGUAAUGUCCACUACCCCCCUCCCAUUCACUAGUUAUACAUGUUUCCAAAAUUAUAAUUUGUAUAUACUUAUAAACGAAACGACGAGAAAACAAGCGUAAAUUAAUGAAAAAUACACUCCAAGUGCUCCAAGGCAAGUAAAAAAAUUACAAGAAUUAAUUCUAAAAUUAAAAAAAA